CCCGUUGUUUGUGUUUGUCAAGAUGGCGGCUGGAAUGUAUCUAGAGCACUAUCUGGACAGCAUAGAGAAUCUUCCCUUUGAACUGCAGAGGAACUUUCAACUGAUGCGAGAUCUGGACCAGAGGACAGAGGAUCUGAAAGGGCAGAUUGAUUCUCUGGCUCGUGAAUACACAGCUAAUGCGAGGACAUUGUCCUCCGAACAGAAGCUCUCCAUGUUAAGACAGAUCCAGCAGUCUUAUGGGAAGUGUAAAGAGUUUGGAGAUGACAAGGUCCAACUCGCAAUGCAAACUUAUGAGAUGGUGGAUAAGCAUAUUCGGAGGUUGGAUACAGACCUGGCUCGCUUCGAGGCCGACCUCAAGGAGAAACAGAUAGAGAGUACCGAUUACGACUCGACCUCCAGUAAGGGUAACAAGAGUGACCAGCGAGGACCCAAGAAGAAGGAAGUAGCUCGCACCAGGUCAAAGGUCAAGAAUUCCGACGAUGACAGCAGCACCAAGAGCGGACAGAAGAAGGUCAAAGUCACACAAGGAUUCCUUUCACCUUCUAGUUCUGAGUUUUCUUCCCCGGCUGUGAACUUUGGAAACGUGCACCCCUCGGAUGUGCUGGACAUGCCAGUGGAUCCCAAUGAACCCACCUAUUGCCUCUGCCACCAGGUCUCAUAUGGGGAGAUGAUUGGCUGUGACAAUACAGAUUGCUCCAUUGAGUGGUUCCACUUUGCCUGUGUGGGACUGACCACCAAGCCCAGGGGGAAAUGGUACUGCCCAAGAUGUUCACAGGAGCGAAAGAAAAAAUGAACAUGCAAUUUAGGAGAGGGGGAAGCAAGCAUGGGUUAAACAUGAUUUACAGGCCCUACAUAGACACUAAUAUAGAUCCACUCUCUGCUUAAUCUGGUGCUUGUCCUCCUUUCCAUCUUCACAUCCCUCUCAUAGUCUGAUCAAAAAGAAGGGAUGACAGGUGAAGAUGGAGAAGGUGUAGUUACAAUAGUAGCUUAAUUUAUGUGUUUAGUAAUGAAGAUUACUUUUGUUAUUGAGUAUUUUUUGUUGUUGUUUUUAUUCUGCAUUUUUAUUUUCUUAUAUUUUUAGAUUGUUUAUUUGGAUGUUUGUUUUUUUUACUUACAAAUGCAUUAUUAUAAGUCCGCACAUGAGCUCAGCUGUCAAAUCAAACAGGGUGUAUAUCAGGAUAUUUUCACUCUUACAGUUCUGAUUUACUGUUGUAAUUCCAGGUGGAUAUUUGCAAACAAUAUUCUUCUCAGAAGACAAUCUGUGACAGUUUCCUAUUAAUCUCAGUUUUUGCAUUAACAAGAUAAAAAACAGGUCUCAUUUCAACAGAUUUAUAAAGCCUCCCCCAACUCAAUCCCUUACUUAUUUAUCCCUUAAUUAUAUUUACUUUAAAAAAAAUUAAAAAAGUGUGCUACAUCAAUGUACCUCAACAGACUUGACACAGGCAUUUUUAUUUGACAAACCAGCAUGAACAGGACAUAACUGCUCACUAGGAAACGCUGAUCUGAAACCGCAUUUAACUUUUACACAGUAUACAGCCUUUCUAGUUCCACUACCUUUGACUUAUGCACGUUCAAAAAUCCUGUAGAGAAACAAUGCACUUGAAGACCACCUCUUCCACUUCAGGUUCAUUCCACAACUGUAGUUUUUGAUGCAAAAUGUUUUGGUGCUUAUUGCCACACUAUUUUAAUCGUAUUGAAUCGGUCGCAUUCCAGACUGAUCUGAUAGACUGUUGAAAAGGAUUAAACAGCAUUUACAUCAGUUGACAUAAUCAAACUGACGCCUAGUCAUCAAUGCAUUUGGCGCUUUUUAUUGUAACCUUUAAACUAAAUUUGAGUAUUGCUAUGUGUUUUUUGGUGCUUUUGAAUAUAUUAACAGUAAUGUGUUUGACAUGGUUACAUGUGUGAAAUGAACAGUAACACUUGUGUUGACAUUGUUAAAGCAGUAUGUGACAUUUUGAUAGACGUCAGAAUCAAAUAUGUUGAUAUCAACCUGUAUAUAAAGGUGCACAAAGUAAUUUUACUCCUAAAUAAAUUAAUUUUAAUUCUAAGAUGUGUAUAAAAUCAUGACCAUUCACAUAAGAUGAAGAUUUCUGUCAUAACAGAAACCUUAUAAAAGCAGUUUUUUUCUAGAUGGAAAGGAUCACCUUAUGGGGCUGUCAUGUUAGAAACCGGACCAGUCGAAUACUACUCGCUGAAUCUCAGUAACCGCCCUGUUACUGGACACUUUGACUCUUGAUUAAAUUUAUCAUGGCUGGCUGAAUACUGAGUUUCUACAAUGGCAUCUGCAACUUAAAACUAUUGAUUUUGCAUGUAUGCCGCUAUGUAUCAUUUGAAAGUUGAAGAUGACAAAAAAGUUACUUAGUGCACCUUUAAGAUUCAGUUACAUUAAUAAAAUGAAAUUACAGGUAAGUCAGACAACGCUGUUUCAAAACUUGGUGCUACGCAGUGCUUGUUACCAGUUAGUUUUAAAUGAUUAUAUUGUCUAGUCUAUGAUGAAGGGUUUAUGUUAAAUCUUCUUUGCUUUUGUCAUGUUACAUUGUGAUUUGAUUGUUACAGAUAAUUUAGAAUACUGUACUAAUGUCAGAUAUUGGGUUUGGUGUCUUCCAUGCUAAAUGAACAAAGCCUGACGUCUAA